GUAGAAAGAAAGUUUGUUUUGAGCUCUCUCGUUAAAAAUCAAACCAAACCAAACCCCACUCCUGUCUUCUCCAACCCCCCCACCAACUAACCUCUCAUCCUCCAACAUUUGAAGAGGCUUUUUCUCUCUUUCCAUUUCAAGAGGGAUUUAGAUAGUUCCUCACACGCGCCUCUCCCUCUCCCUCUCUCUAAUCAGUGGUCGGCUAGGCUUCCCUCUCUUUAAUUCAUUCUUCUCAGCGCAACAAGAAUGACUAAUUGUCCUGGAGACUCGAACAUGGCUUCUUCUCACUUGGACAUUCUCCGUUGCCCAUUUUUGAGGAACAUCAAUGACCCCACUAACCUCUCCUUCUCUUCAUCCUCCUUGCCUGUGCGAGGACCAAUUUUUGAGGAUGGACCCAAUUUUGACACUGCAUUCAGGCUUUUCCAUGGUCAAGAUGGUCUUGUCCCUCUCUCUGGAGCGGAGAAGCCUAAGCUUUCCUCUCCUGCAUUCAAUCCACUUGCUGCUAAGGCGGCCACUAUCAGUCUCUCCUCCUUUGGACAUGGAGGGCCUUUUGGAUUUGAUGCGUUUUCCGACAUGUUUAAGAACCAAAAGAGAAAGUCAGACUCUUCCAAAAAGAAAGAUUCUUCCUCUAAGGGAGGAAACCACGAGUCUAUGAGUGAUGACUGGCUUCAAACAGGGAACUGCCCAAUCGCUAAAUCCUACCGAGCUGUAAGUGGUGUGGCACCGCUCGUAGCAAAGAUCCUGCAACCCCCUCCCGGAAUGCAGUACAAGUGUCCUAAAGCAAUAGUAGCAGCUCGAGCAGCCAUAUCAAAAACCGCUUUCGCCAAGAACCUCCGGCCACAACCUUUAUCAUCCAAAGUACUAGUCAUCGGGAUGCUGGGGAUGGCCCUGAACGUGCCCCUAGGUGUUUGGAGAGAGCACACUGAAAAGUUCUCGGCAUCUUGGUUUAUAGCUCUUCACGCAGCGGUUCCUUUCAUAGGAAUACUGAGGAAGUCUGUGUUGAUGCCUAAAAUGGCGAUGGUUUUUACCAUAGCAGCGUCUGUUAUGGGACAAGUGAUUGGGUCAAGAGCAGAGAGGUAUAGGCUUAAGUCGGUAGCUCAGAAGAAACUCACGUUGACAGGACCUGAUAAAGUAGAUGGAAGGUGCGGUGUGAUGAAAUGGAAUCCCAUGCUGCUUGAAGUAGCAAGUCCUGUUUCUACGUGAGCAGCUAGUGUGGUCUGCUAAAAGCUUUUGGUUUCUUCUUCGACGAGCUUGAUAUAUGUAUAGUUGUUUCUAUUCUUGUUUCGGCCAUUGUAUUUGAGAAAGUUUAUAAAUGUUGAAUAAGGUAAGAAUAAGUGUUAUUUUUUCUUCUUUUAUACACAUUCUAUAAGAAAUGAAAGAAAAAUCUACGUCUUCGAUUAUAUAUGUAUAACAAAUUUUAUA